AUGACAAUAGGUGCAAGAUACGAGAAACUGUCAAAAGAUUAUCAAAAAGUAUUAAGAUGUUUCGCUUUAAAAGAUAACCCUACCUCUUACAAUCGCCUUGAGGUAAGCUGGCUGCAGCUGAGUCGCAGCCUUUGCGUCCGUUAGUGAAUAGAAAUAAUUACCUGCAGGAAGCAUGAUUGCUCAUUAACUAUUAUUCCAAAAGAACUGAAAGUUAUAGAAACAAAUUAACAAAAGCGGCUCCACCGACCAACGAUAGAUAACAAGUUACAUGUAAUCAACAAUUGUUCUGUAAUUUCAUUAUCAUGAAUUCGAAAGUUUAGAAACAAACCCAAAUCGAUCCGUUUUGUUCAUUGACGUUGUCGUUGCUUUCUGACGGUCUUUCACUUUCCAAGAAUUGCGAAAGCCACACCCAGUAAAGUUUUUAAAGCAAAAACAUGAUCAUGGGAUAUCACUCGCACAGUUACGAAAUUUGCAUUACGCUUAUCUAUCAAGGUAUCCAAGCUGAUCUUCAGUUCAAUGUGUUUAAAACGAAAAAAGCUUUCGAGCUUGUGACCAGCAUCAAAUCAAGAAUGAACAAUGCCUAGUAUUUUAAGCCUGAACGACGGCUCUGAUGGUUCAGCGUUCUAAAGAUAAGAAAUUACAAAACAAAAUUGAUUCUCACCCAUGUAAAAAUAAGCAGUAGCCCAUGUAUUUUAAAGUACAUUAGUAUGACUGAUUCUUUCAUCAUGGUAGGUUUCUAUCCAAACAGCUGUAAAUGUUAGUCCUUUUUUGAAUAAAUCUGUACUUAUAGCAUCUUACUUGUACUUUCAUCUAUUUGUUGUGGUAAUUUCAUUAAAUGGGCCCUUUUAGCAUGUAGAGAAAAAGUUUCAUUUAUUUUUUUUUACACUGUAUACGUUACGUGUUCUGUCUUUUUCCCUAGGUAAAAUUGUGCACUGAUCUUCAAGCUCUUUACAGUUCCAUGCUUGUUGGAUUGUGUCCCUGCCAUGGUUUCACUAAAGUACCUGGACAUACUGGAGGGUUUUACCAUCUGGUUUGCCGUCACGGUGUAAGUGUAUAUUAUGUGCUGUCUUUUUUGUCUCUUUUUAAAGGAUGUUCAACAGUUCUAUUCCAUUUCUUCUUCAGUGUACAGUUGCCUCAAAGUUUUUAACCCUUACGGAGUCCGUACGUGAUGCCGCAGAUUUAUAUAUGUCCCUGAAGUAUCCACCAAUUGUUUUCAUUUGUGAUUCUCCAUGUGGAAUGGUGCGUCAUCUUGAAUGUAGAGCGCCAGAUCUAUGUGAAGCACUUUGGGGAGAAAAUUCAGGAUGUUUUGAAAAACCUGAGUAUGCCAAGAAACCUGCAGAGGUAUGUAUUAAUUUGUGUAACUAACUCAUGUUAUGGUUCUUUUGAGUUGACCUGUACUAUUUAUCAUAACAUGUAUCUUGUGCCAAAUGGAGACAAUGAAGGCCUGAAAGUGCCAAACUUCGGAUAAUCACCCUGUUAGAGGUGAAGAAAUCACAUAAAUAUCUGUCGUGAAAUAAACAACUUUGACUGUAAAUAUCCCUCUAUUCUUGAAUUUCAUCGUUGUUUAUUUGUUUAUCUAAGUAUAAAGGAUUCUGCAGUUAUAUAAAAGUGACAUGUUGUUUUCAUCCCUUGAAUUGAAUAGUCCCUCCCAUCUGACAUAUAGCAACAAUUGCAAACUGGAGUGCUAUGUUUGAUAAUAAACCAUAUUUUUUUCCAGGAAGUUGAUUGCCCUUUUAUUGUGCCAGCCGAGUACCGUUCCAGUUAUGUCCCAGAGGUUCCUGAUGAUGUUGGUGAAAUGGAGCAUCCAGUUUCACGUUGCUCUCAAAGAUUUAUCUUGGGGAACAGAUUCCACAAUUCCACCAAGCCACAUAAGUCACCUCUUUGCUUGUUUCACAAUAUUGAUUCGUGCAAACAGAGCACUACCAUUAAAACAAGCUACCAAGAGUCAGAAAAUUUUAGAAAGAACAUGAAGCGUCUGCGCAGCUCCACUCUUCAAGGCUUUGGACUUCAUUUUUGUUUUAAUUUCCUGAUGGACUACUACCAGAAUGAGGCAAUUGUGAUGCAGCAAGAAUGCCGUUUGUCCAAGCAACUAAAAGAGGGUCAGCAGUUAGUGAGAGACAAAUACCAUAGAUUUACUGUAGUGAACAAUGGUCCUUCAUAA